GAAAUUGUUACAACUUCUAUUGAAAAAUAAAGCCGAUAAAACCUCUACAGAAGUCAAAACGUGUAUAAUUGGUUGCAUAAAACACUAAGUCUAAUAAUGUACCGGCCUCUCAUGCGACACGUGUUACGUGUUGCGGCAGAUUUAUAUUCCUAACCUUAAAGUUUGAAAUGAGUACAUGUUUCAAUUUGGUAAAAACUGUGAAAACAAGAGUAAUUUCCAAGUUUGGCAGCUUCGUCAGUACGAGUUUUAGCGACAAAUACCUUCUGUGCACAAAUGUUGCCCUGUCAGGAACGUUAUCUGGGCUGGGGGACAUCCUUGAACAAAAUUACGAAAUGCUAACAGACGACCUGGACAAUUGGAACAGAACAAGAACUCGGAACAUGUCAAUUUGUGGAAUUUCAAUUGGGGUGAUCUGUCAUUAUUGGUACAAUUACCUAGACCGUAAAUUACCAGGCUACACAGUUGGCACCGUAUGUAAGAAGAUCAUUGUUGAUCAGAUUGUCUGCUCUCCUGUGUGCAUUGCUACGCUGUUUGUGACUUGUGCAAUUUUGGAACGCAAAUCGACGAAGGAAGUGGUGAAAGAAAUCCAGGAAAAGGCGUGGAUUUUAUAUGCAGCUGAAUGGGCUGUAUGGCCUGCUGCCCAGUUUAUAAACUUUUAUUUUCUACCAACUAAGUUUAGGGUGUUGUAUGACAAUACCAUUUCUGUAGGAUAUGAUAUUUACACUUCUUAUGUAAAACAUAAAAAAUCAGACAGUGAAAACAGUUGACCUGUGUAGAAAUUAGGCAAUAAAAUUUUAGAUUAAUACACUUAUCUCAGUGCACCUUAUCACUUUGUGUAAUACGCCUUGUGACAAUUUUUUCACAUAAAUAAACAUCAGAAAAACA